UUCCACAAAACAAACUACUGGACUUGCUGGCAAUGGCACUCUCGGGUGACACUAUCAACACAAUUAGACAUGCUAAAAAGUUGAUUGAAAGUAUUGAACCGGCAUCCUUUGUAUCUCAAUUAACAAAUCUUAUCACAAAUGUACUCUCUGAAAGUGGAUAUCCGGAUUCAUCAUCUUCAGCAAACCAAAAGCUACUCAAAAGUAGAUCACGACUCAGUAAGACAAGCAAAACCCACACAAGAAGAUUGUGCUACAUAUUGAAGUUACUAGUCGGAACGGAAAGGCAACUCCGGUCCUCAUCUGUCAAGACUCCAAACAUAAUUGCAGCUUUACUAGACAUGACUUCCGUGAAACCCUCAAGCACCAAAAUCGUCUUGCCAAAAAGUCAACGUUCAUCAUCUUUGAGCGAAAUAGCAUUACAUUCAGAUGAACACCAAAGACACCAAAUAAUAGAUACAAAGAGGGGAAGCUUAAGCGACACUGAAGAACUAUGGAAAGAUCUGCUCAAAAGAGUGGAAAGCUCCCACAUACAAAAAUUCCUUCGAGACCAAGCAAAACUUGCACUAUUGUCUAUCUCUAGGACCAAGGCCGUUGUACAUUUGACUUUUACAAGACCAGAAGACAAGAUGGCUGCAGAAAUUUCAGAAGCAAGCUUAGCCAAGUCACUUGAGUUUGCAAUUGGAUGUCCAGUUACUCUCCAUAUGAGCCUUGAGCAACCAAUCUUAGGACAUAAUGGUAAAAGCAUAACCUUGAGUGGAAGUCGUUCUGUGUAUUCUCAACAACAAAACACACACCGGGACGGUGAAUCGUGGGAGGGCUUAAGACUCACAAAAUCAAAAUCCUGCUCAACAGCUCACCAACCAAAAGGAAGGGAUUUGAACACAGUUCAGGUUCAAAACUUGACAAGCGUGUUUGAAAAAUCGACUUCAGAUGCAAAAGAUCCCCAAUCAACAAAUUUGAUACAAGCAGGAGACUCUAAACAUGCAACACAUUAUAUGAAAGCCAACAAGCCUAAGCAUAGAUGGUUGUCUUUAUCUUCAAUCCCGCAAAGUGAUGCAAGUGUAGAACCUUACAGUCAAGAUGUAACAUAUGCAAACUUCAACAAAGGUGGAGAUGACACGACAAGGAAAACACCCAAAUUUCAAAGGGGUUUAUCAAAGAGUUCCAAAGAUCGCCGGUUUAAAGAAACCACGGAUCAACUAAAAUCAAAUCCCUCAUGGUGCUGCUGAAACUACGAUAACUUCAUUUUUUUGAGCAGUCCUCGCAACUAGUUGCAAAAGCAAAGAUGGUUUGGUUUUAUUAAUUAUUUACUUAUAAAAAGAGUGUGGUGUGUUCACAAAGGGCAAGACAUGUACAUUUUAAUAAUGAAGAGGGAGGGUAAAUGUCAGUGAGAGCAA